AUGGAAGUGUCUCAGAAGGAUGAAGAAGGCACCAUGAACACAGGUGCAGCCAAAGCAGCAGCUCCACUGAGGAUUGUCCUGGUAGGCAAAUCAGGUAGUGGGAAAAGUGCCACGGGGAAUAGCAUCCUUGGCCGGAUGGAGUUCAUGUCCAAACUGGAGGCCAAGUGUGUGACCAAGAAGUGCCAGCAGGCCAGGCGCACUUGGAAUGGGAGGAGCAUCCUGGUGGUGGACACGCCCCCCAUCUUUGAGGACAUGCCCCCUACCCAAGACUGGUACCAGGACAUCGGGGACUGCUACCUGCUCUCUGCUCCGGGGCCCCACGUGCUGCUGCUGGUCACCCAGCUGGGCCGCUUCACUGCCCAGGACAUCAUUGCUGUGAGGAGAGUGAAGGAGGUCUUUGGGGCAGAAGCCAUGAGACAUGUGAUCGUCCUCUUCACCCGCAAGGAGGACCUAGAGGGCGAGCCCCUGGCUCAGUACCUGGCUAAUGUGGACAAUGCGGGGCUGAGCAGGCUGCUGCGGGAGUGUGGGAGAAGGUUCUGUGCCUUUGACAACAAGGCCACUGGGGACCAGCAGCGCCAGCAGCUGGAGCAGCUCAUGGCCCAGGUGGAGAGUCUGGAGAGGGAGCUCCAGGGCGCCUUCCUCAGCACCCUGCUCUCCCAGGAGGCACAGCUGCUGCUGCAGCAGAAGAACGGAGGUGGUGAGUGCUCAGAAGAGCACAGGCGCUACCUAGGCCUGGUGCAGAGGGAGCUGAAGAUGCAGAGACAAGACCUGAAUGAGGCUCAGGUCAACUGCUUGAGGAAGAGGCUGCACAGACUCAAAUGCUGGCCUGUUUCCCUCAUUAGUAGUCAUUUGGACCUAGUCAUGUAG